CAGAGCUAGUUGAGAAUUCCACACGAGUAUCCCGUAGGCCACGUCAAUGUGUUCACGUGUGUAGCCUGCCAGACCACAGCUCUCUCACACAAGACGCGUUAUAUUAUUAUGUAUUAUAAUAUACAUGUGUGCAAUACAUAAUAAGCGCAGGAAACAUAUCAUGCACACGCUACUCCAAUGAAUAUACUUAGCACAUCAUACUGUACACACGGGUAACAAUACGGCACACGUAACAUACGUAAAUACGCAAAAUACAUAAAACGCCUACAAGAUUGACAACACGCGUAAUAUAGAUCAGCACGACUAAUACUCUGGUACCACACACCCAUCACACACAAUAUACUCAGUACGUACAUUAUAGAGAAUUAAUCACAUACCUAGACUCGAUGCACAUAACGUUAGCACAAUUAUAGCUUAGACAAUACGUACACCUAACGCACACACAAGAGGAAUACAAGCUGCUGCUGCCGCGAUUAUGGAGGACCAGUACAAGAACAUCCCGAUAGACAUCCACACGAGCAAACUUCUGGACUGGCUGGUCGACCGCCGUCACUGCGGGCUGCGUUGGCAGGGCGCAGUUGGCGCCAUUCGGGAGAGGAUCGCGGCGGCCAUGCGGGACAUGCCGGAGCACCCGGACAUCCGCAGCCUGCUGAGCGGCACACACAUACAAUACUUCCACUGCCUGCGCAUCGUGGAAAUCCUGCGCUCCACCGAGGCCUCCAGCAAGAACAUCUUCGGGCGAUACUCCUCACAGCGGAUGAAGGACUGGCAAGACAUCGUGUCGAUGUACGAGAAGGACAAUGUCUAUCUAGCGGAGCUGGCGAACCUGCUGGCGCGCAGCGUGCUGUACGAGGCGCCCGCGCUGCGCCGACAGAUGGCCAAGUGCGCCACCACGCAGCAGGAGAUGUCACGGCGGGAGGCCGAGUGCGCCAACGCGGCGGCGGAGCUGCGCGAGGGCUUCUACGUGGCAUGCCGCCAGCACGGCAUCUCGGGAGACAGCGUGCGUGACGAGCUGCUGGCGCUGCUGCGGGAGCUGCCGGGCACGCUGAGCGAAGUGGCGUCGGCGUCGGCGCAGCUCGCCCAGCACGUGGCGCUCUACCAGGCGUGCGUGGAGUUCGUGUGCGAGGGUGACCGGGACAAGGUGCUGCCGCUGCUGAGACACGUGCAGCACAAGGGGAACACAACGGUGCACGAGUGGCGCACGGGGAAGCUCCCUUCCUCCCUGCACCCCGGCACAGUCCCCGCGGACAAAGCGGACCUCUCCUCACCAGCCAAGCAGGAGGAGGCCGGGGGAAUAGAUUUUGGCGACUUCACCGCGGAGACGCCGGUGGACGCGAGGAACGGUGGUGGUGAGGGUGACGCACAGCCCGGUGGCGAGGAGGCGGAGGGCAUCGACUGGGAAAUCAGCCUGGAGGGAGGCGGCGAGGAUGCCGGCGCCGGUGGUGACGGUGGUGGCGAUGGCGCUUGGACGAUCGAGGUUGUGGACGCCGGGAAAGAGUGCGACCCAGGCAGCCAAGCAGAUGGAGCGGGCGAGGCUCACGGUACAGAUGCCCUCACGGUGCUGGAAAACCUGGAAACGCGGAACCAGUUCAUCGACGAGCUCAUGGAGCUGGAGGCUUUCCUUGUCCAGCGCCUGGCGGAGCUGAGCGAGGAGGCUGACGUUCUGUCCAUCAACCAGUUCGAGGCGGCGCCGCUCGUGCUGCAGGAGCAGUCGCGGCGUGACGUGGAGGUCGCGCUGGGCGAGACGCGGGCGCUCACUCAGCGCCUCACCUCGCUCAAGAUGCGCCAGCUCUUCAUGAUCCACGCGUCACCGCGUUACGUCGACCGGCUCACCACUACGCUGAACCAGAAGCUGCGUCAGGCGGAGGCGGCGCUGCGUAAGCGCGACGCGGCGGUGCAGCGUCAGCGGGAGGCGCUGCAGGAGCAGGUGGCGCUGCAGCCCAGCCUCGACGCGCUGCUGGCGCGCUCCCGGGAGCUGCAGGCGCUCAUCGAGGGGGACAUUUCCAAGCGCUACCACAACCGGCGCGUCAACCUGAUGGGCGUAGCCGUGUGACGGCAAGCGGCGCCGGCCGGGGUAGCGAAGCCAGGAGCCGAGACGCCGUGAGGAUUUGGGCGUCCGCCGACCCCCUCGGUUGCACAUUUCACGUCGAUGGGCAAACUGGACCAGCGUGCGGCUAGCUCCGUGCACCGGCCGCACGGCGCGACAUCCGUCACUCACCUUCGCCGCCUAUUCCUACAUGAUUUCUCAGCACCAUCAACACCACCUCCGUUAUCCACCACUUCGAUUACUUACCACCACCGACACCUCCAUUAUUUACUACCACCACCACCAUCAACACCACCUCCGUUGCUUACCAACACCACCAUCAACACCACCUCCGUUUAUUACCACCUCGGUUAUUUAUCAAUAGCCGCCAUUCGCCACUCAGUGACGGUGACGUCACCACGACGCCUGUGCCAGGCCAAGUGCACUUUGAGGCCACGUAAAGUGUCGAAGGCUCGCUGACAGGAGGUCUUGGGACAGACCCAGCUG